UGUCAUCGUGCGUAUUGUCUAGACUUUAUUUUACCAUUGUAUUAUUUGUUCAACAUGAUCAUGAUACAUCGGGGCAACAUACUUUCGGCCAUUCUGGCUAUAGUGUUGGCAGUUCUAGCAUCUGAUGGUUUUGCUGGCCAUAUUUGUAAACCCUGCAAGAGGAUUUGCAGGAGGGAAAGAUUAAGCGAAAAAUGCAAAAGUAUUUGUAAACUUCAGCAGGGAUUUGUAUGUGAUGGUGGCUGUUGGAAAAAGUGCCUAAAUGAUGCAAGUAUGCCUUUGAAAUUUGCUCUUGAACCUUGCCUGAGGAAAUGUACAAAAUCGACAGAUACUUCAACACCUACAUCAAAAUGUAUUCCGAUAGACAUAGCCGUGAUAGGUGGGGGAAUAGGUGGCGCAUAUACAGCCUGGAAGUUAAAGGAAAGCAAACAGUCCAUACACUUAUUUGAAUAUUCCAACCGAAUAGGAGGGCGUGUAUACAGUCGAAAACUACCGGGUAUCGACUACAGAAUGGCUGAGAUGGGCGCGAUGAGGUACUUUCCAGCAGUGAAAACGAAGGAGGGAACGUAUGGUCACGUGUUAGUCAGCAACGCAAUAGAAUCUCUCAAACUGGAAACCAUGGACUUUCAAGACUACAGUGGCGAUUUUAAAUCGAACAUCCAGAAUAAUACAUUCCACCUCAGAGGAAAACAUAUGAAAUAUAACGACCUGAAUAGUUCUAAAGUACCCUACAAUUUGUACCAAGAUGAAGUGGGAAAAUCCCCAACACAACUGCGCAGGAAAAUCUACGAAGCUAGCGUUCCAAAUCCCGAUUCUGGUGAUAACAAACUAGAUAAAGAUGGGAUUGAUUUAUUCAAACAAAGAUAUGACAGAAUCUGGCGCAAAUACGGUGGCUCGAUGGAAGCAAUGGAAUAUAUCUCAGACGCUUCUGGGUUUGAAUUUUCUGAAGAAAAUGCAGCUAUAAAUGUACCUGUCGCUGCUGGGGGAUCCUGGGAUGAAAUACGAUUUAAAUCACUCAAAAAUGGAAUGAGCUCUCUCCCUAUGACAAUGAUAGAACAGUUUAAAGAAAGCAACCCAGAAAGACAUAAAGUGCACAUGAACCAUAAGUUGAUACGCAUCGAAAGGCAAGGGCAGAAUGAACUGUUAACAUUUCAAAAAACAACAACCAACAACUAUAUCACAUCAGAUACUGAGAACCAGACGACCGUGUGUGCUAAACGUGUCAUCUUAGCACUACAUAAAGAUGCUCUCAUGGAAAUCGACUGGCAACCUUUUAAAAAUCAGGAUUUCAUCGACUACCGGCUAAAUGCUGUCUUUGGACAAGAGUUUUUUGAAAUGUACCUUGGCUACGAAGAGCCAUGGUGGGAGGGACUAGGAUUCACAACAGGGAGAGCUGUCUCCACCCUUCCUGUUGGUCAGAUACUAUACAUGGGCCAAGGUAAACCCUCCUCUGAUAUAGUAUUGCAAGACGGUAACAGGAAAUCAAUGUUGUUGGUUAACUCAGGUUACCCACGUGCUUCAUUCUGGGAUGACUCAUUUUUAAAUAGUCAACCACACCUAGCCACGCCUCAAGCUACCGACAUGCUUGUAAGUGAAUACAACAUAUCAGAGGCAAUUUUAGUUGAGGCCCAUAACCAGAUUGCAGAGGUACAUCAGCUACGUCCUGAAGAACUAGCACGUCCGUACACAGGCGUAAUGCAUUAUUGGAAAGGGGCAUCUAUCUAUUCCUGGAAGGCCGGUGCUAACUUGGAAAUCAUUUCCAAACAAAUGAUCAAACCUUUUGAAGAUGCAAACGUGCACAUUGUUGGGAGUUGCUAUAGUAAUUCACAAUGGAUGGAGGGAGCUCUGGACUCAGUUGAAGAACUAUUAGAUAGGUAUUAUAACCAACAAAAUGAUACAUGGAUCUAAA